AUGGUUUGGGGAGAACCUCUUCUAAGAGAAACAGGUGUUUACGGUCAAGAUUUUAGGUAUGAUGAAGUUUUUAACGCAACCACUUACAGACCGACGAUUCAAUUGAAAUUGCUGGGAGUAAAAGCUGGCAGAAAUUCUAGUGCUUUUAUAGGUUAUUUUAAUGCUUCUUUAGCUAGUAAACUAAAUGAUAAAAACUCUUCGUAUACGAGUAAUUUGAAUGAAGAAUCUCGUUCAAAAAGAGGAGUUAUACAUUUGUACAAUAUGGUCAGCUGUGCAACUGGUUGCAAUCCCCUGAAAUACAAAGGAUAUGGGUGUUUUUGCGGAUUUUUGGGAUCUGGAUAUCCAGUCGACGGAAUCGACAAAUGUUGCAAAAAACACGAUUGGUGUUACGAUGCAGCUAAUUGUCCAAUGUUUUUGGAGUAUUUUGUGCCCUAUGUGUGGAAAUGUUAUUACAACAGGCCAUUAUGUGCUAUUGACCAUGACGGUUACGGAGGGCCCGGUUCUUGUGCAAGCAGGCUAUGCGAAUGCGACCGUGUUUUGUCGGAAUGCCUGAGUCGGUUUCCGUGUCCGAAUUCCCGCGCAUUUUGCCGAACUGCACCCUUGAGACUUUUACAAAACGCACUCAUGAUUUUUCCCUGA